AUGUCGUCGACGAUGUGGAUGAGCCGUGCAGUGCCUCGCAUGAUGGGCCCGGUCAUGGCGACCGCGGUGCCAGUAUCGUCUCCGUCUGCAUGGAGCGUGCGCAUGCUUUCGACCUCACGUGUAUGGCAACAGGCGCAACCCACGCAGCCUGACGGCGGCCACACGGGUCCGCUGCAUGUGUCGCCUGUGCACGACACUCUCAACGUGGGCCUCGAUCACGCGCAGCCCAUCCGGCACCGGCGCAAGCAUGCGGUGCGCCCGCCCAAGGUGGAGCCUGACUACAACGAGGGCCUGAGUGCCUUGGAAAAGGCCGGCCGCCUGUUUUUCUUCACCGAGAUGGCGCGCGGUCUGUGGAUGACGUUUGAAAACUUUUUCCGUCCCCCGUACACGAUCCAGUACCCAUUUGAAAAGGGCCCAGUGAGCCCGCGAUUCCGCGGUGAGCACGCCCUGCGUCGGUACCCGUCGGGCGAGGAGCGCUGCAUUGCGUGCAAGCUGUGCGAGGCGAUUUGCCCAGCGCUGGCGAUCACGAUCGAGAGCGAGCCGCGUCUGGAUGGCUCGCGCCGCACGACGCGCUACGAUAUCGACAUGACCAAGUGCAUCUACUGCGGCAUGUGCCAGGAGGCCUGCCCCGUCGAUGCGAUUGUCGAGACGCAGUCGAUGGAAUUCGCUACCGAGACACGUGAAGAGCUCUUUUACAACAAGGAAAAACUGCUGGCCAACGGCGACCGCGCCGAGGCCGAGCUCGCCUCGAAUAUCUAUGCGGAUCACCUCACGCGCUAG